AUGUCUGCAUCGAGUCAAAACUCCUCUUUCGAGCAGCCAAGAUUGGCAACUAAGAAAAUCUUGGCCAGGCCUCAGAGUGAAGGUGUUGGAGCUGUUGUUAGAAGAAGCAUUGGAAGGCCAGAAAUGAAGUACUUCGAUCCUUUCCUCGUGUUGGACGAGUUUGCAGUUUCACCUCCAGCUGGAUUUCCCGACCAUCCACAUCGAGGUUUUGAGACAGUUACAUACAUGUUGCAGGGAGCCUUCACUCAUCAAGAUUUUGCUGGUCACAUGGGUACAAUACACACUGGUGAUGUGCAGUGGAUGACUGCAGGGAGGGGUAUUAUUCACUCGGAAAUGCCGGCUGGAGAAGGAAUUCAAAGAGGUUUGCAAUUGUGGAUAAAUCUCUCUUCCAACGACAAAAUGAUUGAACCAAGGUAUCAAGAACUGCAGGAUGAGGACAUUCCAAGGGCACAGAAAGAUGGAGUUGAGGUCAAAGUCAUUGCAGGGGAAGCUAUGGGGAUUCAUUCACCUGUAUAUACUCGAACUCCUACUAUGUACCUUGAUUUCACCCUAAAACCUCACUCUCAAUAUCAUCAAUGCAUCCCAGAAUCAUGGAAUGCUUUUGUGUACAUAAUUGAAGGCGAAGGGGUGUUCGGCUCCCACAACUUACCAGCCACGACAGCUCACCAUCUAUUGAUUUUGAGUCUGGGAGAUGGCCUAAGUGUAUGGAACAAGUCUUCUUCGAAGCUAUUGAGAUUUAUUUUGGUAGGUGGGCAGCCACUCAACGAACCAGUAGUUCAGCACGGUCCAUUCGUGAUGAACACACAAGACGAAAUUGAUAAGACUGUAGAAGACUAUUGUUAUUGCAAGAAUGGGUUUGAGAUGGCAAGAUUUUGGAGAUCUCAAUGA